CCCAAUCCCAAGAACCAGAUCUGAUAUCAACUCACAGAAGCAAUAAACCCAGGAAAGGCGAAAAUGCCCCUCCAGAUGCUGCUGGAGAUCCUCGAAAUGAUCGUGGCCCCGCUGGAUCACCGCGCCGACAUCAACGCGCUGGCGCGCACGAGCCGGGAGCUCCACCGCCAGCUCAAUCCGUACCUGUACCGGCCGAGCGCCGACUACGUCCAGAGCUUCAAUCUGCUGUGGGCGGCGCGGGUUGGGUAGCUCGGCACGGCGCGGCGGUGGAUCGCCAUCAUGCGCGACACGCCGGGCAUGCACCGGCCGGAGACGCGGUACAUGCAGGCG